UGACUGGGGACAGGGCAGGACAGACAGACAGACAGACAGGCAGGCAGGCAGGCAGCCACGCAAGCAGCCAGGCAGUGUUCUGUUCACGUUCCGCCCACCACAGCAAAAAGCAACGCACGACUGUUUCGUUUCAUCGCGACAUUAAACAAACAAACACACACACACAUGAAUAAAUAUCGCUAAAAUUGAAAAGCAAACUAAAUCUGCCACCUUCUUAAAUGCCAUCCUUUAUUGAUAUUUGUGUUAUUUUUGUUUGGAUUCUUCCGAUGUAAUAUAACGUUAUUAUUUUUGGAACCCCUCGAGUUGGUAAGCCUUGUUUGAGUUGACAUACGGUGCCCAUGAGCUAAUUCCGAGUUCAAUUGUUUUGGUCCUAUUCUCAUCGCCAUGGUAACGAGGUGAGUGAAGCGGGGAAGACCCCGGGAAACGGGCGGGCGACUCCCUCUUCACCUUGCACUGGCUUGCUCCAUCCUCGUCUGGGCUAGAGUCAAGAUGGUGCUCGUGAAGCGGGGCGACGGCGGCGGCGGAGGUUCCACACGGGUCCGGGUCGAGCGCUACCGAAAGCAGAAACUUGUGUCCAGAUUGAGUGACUCCGGUUUCGAGGAGGAUUUGGCAGGUUCCCCCACUCCUCAUACAGCUUCGUCACCUCUGCGUGUGGACGAACCGGAGGGGGAAGCGUCCAACUGGUACCUCCAGUACGGUGAUGUCGGCUACAGGAUCCAGAAGGAGAGGGAGGCUCUGUUUUAUCCGUGCAAUAGUCUUGCUCUCCAGCCACAAGUGACAGCCGAGGCGCGCUGCAAGCUGGUCAGCUGGCUAAUCCCACUGCACAAGCACUUCCGCCUAUCCUUCGAGUGCUGCUGCCUGACUGUAAACAUCAUGGACAGGUUCUUGGCGUGCACGCCGGUGGCCGACGACUGCUUUCAGCUUCUGGGUGUCACGGCGCUGCUCCUUGCCAGCAAAAAGGUGGAGGUGUGCUCCCCUAGCAUCAGUCACCUCCUGUCCCUGUGCUGCAACACCUUCACCAGGGAGCAGCUCUGCAACCUGGAGUGUCUCAUCCUCCUGCGCCUCCACUUCCGCCUGGGCGCGCCCACCCUGGCCUUCUUCUUGGACUACCACGGCAAUCGCACGGAGGCCGCCAACGGGCCUCGGAAGCGUUGCCGCAGCCUGGCCCAAAAGGUGUGUGAGCUGAGCCUGGCCGAUUACGCCUUCAAUAAAUACGUUCCGUCUGUGACCGCCGGCUGCGCGCUGAGCCUGGCACGCGAGUUACUCCAGGCUGAUCACGUCAGCUGCCAUCCAGAGGGUGAAUUACACCACUGCGUGAUGGAGGAACCGCGAGGCAAAGCAGAAAGCACUUUGGCCCGGGAGUGCAGAGACAAUCUGAGGCUGCUGCUUGCGCUUAACAAGGAGUCGCUGAGUGGAGAUGAAUACGUUUAAACAGCAGCACAUGGUCUGGAAAUUCUGGCCAUAGCCAUCCAUACACACUAGUCAGUCACGCAAUCGAUUUGGUGUUCGACCACAAGCAAGCCAACAUUUCACACUGACUACAUUUGUCAGCGCAUUGAGACCAUUGUUAUGAUUCUUUUUUCACUAUUGAUUCUUUUU